CGGAUAUGCUCAACAUUCGACAAAUAGGCAACUCUGCAAAUCGAAGUUUUAUUUUUUAUUUUAAUUUUCAACACGAAUAACAAUUAAAAGUGGGAGGUAUCUACACCGUGAUCCAGACCAAAGCGAAGAUAACGGUGGAUGAAUGGGGGGAGAACUACUACAUGAUGGGCCCAUACUUCGAACACAACUUCAAGACCCAGGUGGAGGGAUGCGAACCCCCGAACCCUGCUGUCAGGAAGGCCAUGGACGCACUGAUUAACAAUGGCUGUCAGGUCCAUUUCGGCCGCUGGCUGAUUGAAGGCAGCCCCUACGUGAUCUUGUUCGACAUCAGCUCGGCGGCCUGGAACCUGGACCGCUGGAAGGGAGACCUGUGGGACACCUCCAGUAUCGGGCUGCCAUUCGACGACCGAGAGGCCAAUGACUCGCUCCUCCUGGGCUCCCUGGUCGCCUGGUUCUUCAAAGAGCUAACAGACCAGCUCGGAGACAAACCCAACGUCAUCAGCCACUUCCACGAGUGGCAGGCGGGGGCAGGACUCAUCCUGUCCCGGUCCCGGAAGAUUCCCAUGGCCACUGUGUUUACCACCCAUGCUACGUUGCUAGGACGCUACCUGUGUGCUGGGAAUGUGGACUUCUACAACAACCUGGAUAAGUUCAACGUUGACAAGGAAGCGGGUGAAAGGCAAAUCUAUCACCGUUACUGUCUGGAGAGAGCAGCCGUCCACUGCGCCCACGUUUUCACCACUGUCUCACAGAUCACUGCCGUGGAGGCCAACCACAUGCUGCAAAGAAAACCAGAUGUGAUAACUCCCAACGGGUUGAAUGUGAAGAAGUUCUCAGCGAUGCAUGAAUUCCAGAACCUGCACUCCACCAGCAAGGCCCGCAUCCAGGAGUUCAUCAGAGGACACUUCUAUGGUCACCUGGAUUUCAACCUUGAGAAAACCCUUUACUUCUUCAUCGCUGGACGUUAUGAGUUCUCUAACAAGGGGGCUGAUAUCUUCCUAGAGGCACUGUCCAGACUCAACUACCUACUAAGGGUCCAUAGGAAUGAUGUCACUGUGGUAGUUUUCUUCAUCAUGCCGGCUAAAACCAACAACUUUAACGUGGAGUCACUGAAGGGACAGGCAGUACGCAAACAGCUCGGGGAUACAGCUCAUGCUGUGAAAGAUAAGUUUGGAAAGAAGCUGUAUGACGCUUUGUUAAAAGGAGAAAUCCCUGAUAUGAACACCAUCCUGGACCGAGAUGACUUCACUCUGAUGAAGAGAGCUAUCUACGCCACUCAGCGACAUAGCCUUCCUCCAGUGACCACCCACAACAUGCUGGAUGACUCCACUGACCCGAUCCUGGCCAAUGUUCGACGUGUUGGCCUCUUCAACUCGAGGACCGACCGCGUCAAGAUUAUCUUCCACCCCGAGUUCCUGUCCUCCACCAGCCCCCUUCUGCCCAUGGACUAUGAGGAGUUUGUCCGGGGCUGCCAUCUUGGAGUUUUCCCCUCCUACUAUGAACCUUGGGGAUACACACCGGGUGAGUGUACUGUGAUGGGUAUUCCCAGUGUGACAACCAACCUCUCCGGGUUUGGCUGCUUCAUGGAAGAACAUGUCUCAGACCCAGCAGCCUACGGUAUUUACAUAGUGGACCGGCGAUUCCGAUCGGCUGACGAGUCGUGUAACCAGCUGACCCAGUUCAUGUUUGGAUUCUGUCAGCAGUCGCGGCGGCAGCGCAUCAUCCAGCGCAACCGCACUGAAAGGCUGUCUGAUCUGCUGGACUGGAGAUACCUGGGCCGGUUCUACGUACAUGCCCGCCACCUGGCCCUCAGCAGGGCGUUCCCUGACACGUUCAAGAUGAACUCCAUGAACCUGCUAAAGGCAGAGGGCUUUCGAUAUCCCCGCCCCUACUCGGUGCCCCCAUCCCCCUCGGCCUCCCUCCACUCUACCCCGCACCACAGUGACGUGGAGGAUGAGGAUGAGGAUGAGUCCUACGAUGAAGACGAAGAGGCAGAGAGGGACAAGCUGAACAUCAAGGCUCCCUUCAGCCUGGGAAAUGUGCCAGAGGGCAAAAAGAAGCAGACGGGAGAGUCAGGAAACUGAGACUUGUUUCUUGACCUUUCUUCUGGAGAUUUAAGUCCGAUUACCACUGAAAUACAACAGAUAGCAAGAUCACACCACGACUGCCGUUACCAAACCUGCUCCCCCAGUUCCUCUUUAGGCCUCUCACCUGAAAACGCUUUUUUUUAAAGAUACUCGCGUCUUCGUUUGUCUACCAUUGCCCGUUCUGCAUGCGACGUGCCAGGUUGUGGUGGCUGAAAUGUCAGCUGAUCUGUGCACACCAAAAGGUGAGUUGAACUGAUUCGAGACACAGUUUGACUGGGGCGUACCCCCGGCUGCAGGAUUUACCUCUAGAGAGAUGCUUCUUAAAGGACGCGAGAGAUAAUUAACAUUACGUUUGUUUGCACAGUUGCUGGGACAGAAAACACAUGCACUGAUUUCAGUUUGUUACAACCCUCCUUAAACCACAACUCCUGCCAUCUUGUGUGUGGGCUGAGCGGGUUUCGUGAUUUAUGUUCAAAAGCCUGUUGUGUGUUUAGCUUCACUUCUGAAAAGUUCACAUUUUGGGAAUACAAGCUUUUCCCCCAUCAGCGAAUAUAGUAUGUUAAUAUUGACACGUACACGUGAUAGCAGACUAUAUGUUAUUCUCAUGUGAGGACAAGUGUUGGAAAUAUGUUGUGUUCUCAAGCAGACACAUGAACACAGAACACAAUUAUAAAAACACAACUUUUAAAAGCACAGGUCUUCCUAUGCCAAGUCUAUACGUUGCAAAAGAUAUUUUCACCUUCUUCUGUAUUGCAUAUAUGUGUUUCUGCCCAUUCAGAAAUCAUUCUGGUAUUUUCCCCACUAGGGAUAGCCCUGGUUUAAAGAUAUAAAUGACUGCUGUUGAUUUGAUAUCGUUAUUAGGUGACAGAAAAUACUCGUUUUUUUCUUGGUUUUGGAACAUUUGAAAUCCACCGAGUGUCAGUUUUGCAGUUGAGUGAAAUACAUUUUGGAAAACAGUGUUUAAUCUGCUCAGUACUUGUGUUCAUCUCUCUCUUUUCUCCAUCCGAGUCUCUGUAAAGGUGAACGGACGACAUGGAUUCACACCAUCUUCCAUAUUUGCUUCUUUACUUAGUGUUGCCCUGGUUUCCCCAAAACCAUCUCAUCCCAAAGAUUGUGCCAGUGCUUAUAAUAUAAAAUACAAUUAUAUGAUGACUAAAAGUUUAGGAGGGGUAAACUUUCAUGGGUAUAGCCAUUUUUCCCCCUUUUUUUAAGGUGUACCCAUUUCAUCUACAGAGCCUACUUGAGUGUGAUCAGACAAUGUCAGACAAAUUUGCUAUGAAU